GAUAAUCCACAUUCUACUUUGUGGGACGUGGAUGGUGGAUCGUGUGGUUGUUAUCCUGUAAUAUUAUAAUCACGAGAUGUUUUUUUAAUCUAUUCAUUUUUAUUUUUUAUCUACAUGCUACAGCUACAAGUCUUCAACAGUUCAUCCGUAUUCCGUCUACUGAGGUACAUCCAGUUGAUCUGUUGAUCGUUGAUGUCAUCACUCAUCAACCAUACUAUAAUACACAUAGUACAAAUACAUUAAUAAAUACAAAUUAUUUAAAAUAAUAUGAUAUUAUAGUUAAUAGAGGUAUCUCAAUAUUUUAGUAAUAUUAUGGAAAAAGAGUCAGAUAUAAGUGCUAGUAUAGCAGCAAUCACUACGUUGAUGAAAUUAUUGGAACAUGAUAAAUCUGAAACUGUACAAGAACUCGACUUGAAUUUGCAAUCUGCAGUAGAAGUAAUUACCAAUAGUAGUUUCCGUAUUACUGGUGUAUCUUCUGGAUGUGCAUUAUUUAUGCGGUUUAUAACAUUUGCCAAAUUGGAUAAUAUUACAGUGAACCUAUAUUUAUGGACUUCUCACAAUAGCGGACUACUUAUUAAUGGAUAUUUUAUCGGUUCCCAGAAAAAUAUACUUUUUAGAUAGGCCUUAAGUAUUCCUAACUUACUGGACCCUUCGAUACAACUGUAAUAUAUUUUUAAUUUUAAAUAGCCAAGAAGUGUAAAGAUAAAUAUAAUUGUACAUUAAUCAAUAGUGAAAAUAAUUAAUUAAUAUAAUUACUUCAAAUAUUAUUCAUCCGUGUUAUGGCUUUACAUAGACUACAUUGAAAAAAUCAUCACUUUAAAAAGAGCAGUUAUUCAUAGUUUCUACAUUUGAGAAGUAUAUAAUAUAUAUAUAUAUAUAUGUAUACGAGUACACCAUUAUGUCUAGUGGAAAGCGAAAAAGACUAACUUUGGCACAAAAAAUUGAAAUUAUAAAAUUUGUGGAAGCAGAAAAUAUUGGAAUACGAGCAGUAGCUGAAAAAUUCAAUAUUGGAAAAACACAGACUUUUGCGGAGUGUAAAAAAGUUAUGUUGGAUCGAGGAAAAGUAUUUUUGAAGAAACUUACCGAUGCAAGAAAUAAGGUUGCCAAAAUUACUCUUCCUUUCUUUGUUGAUGGCACUAAUAUCUUGACACAUUCAAAAUCUAGAGUGGUAUUAGAAGCCAUGAAAUUAGCUGUGAAUUCACAAAAAAGAUUCCAUGUUUUUGUAUCUGAGUCAUCUCCUGAUAAAAGCGGAAUUGAAAUGUACGAUUGUCUGAAGGCACUUGAUAUUCCUUGCACAUUGAUAUUAGAUUCUGCUGUUGGUUACAUCAUGGAAAGGGUUGAUAUGGUUAUGGUCGGAGCUGAAUGUGUUGUAGAGAGUGGCGGAAUAAUUAACAAGAUUGGAAGUUGUACUAUGGCUAUUUGUGCUAAAGAAUUCAAAAAACCAUUUUACGUGUUAACAGAAAGUUACAAGUUUUCGCGAAUGUAUCCUCUAAAUCAGAAAGAUUUACCUAAUAAUUUCAAAUACAAUGGGAACAAUUCAAAUGAUGAUAAUUUAUUACAUGCUCACCCUUCGGUGGAUUAUACACACCCAUCUUACAUCAGCUUGCUUUUUACUGACCUCGGAAUAUUGAUGCCAUCAGCUGUAAGUGACGAAUUAAUAAAACUGUACUUGUAAAUGUUUAAUACAUCUGGUAUGUUGAUAAAAUUAUGUUAAUGAAAUGUAAUGUUAUGCUAAAUAAAAUAAAUUUAAAUCAUAAUAUUAAUCUUAUAAUGCAUACUAUUGAUUGUGUUUAAAACUAUGUUUUUUUCGUAUGAAAUAUACUACUCAUAUUAUAUUAUA